AUGGCAGCUGGUACCCACGGGACAAAGAUCUUACAGAAAACUCUGGACCCUGGGUGCAACCAUUAUUUUUCGAUUCUAUCCGAGCAUCUUAUGCAGGACUUGGUUUUCCCUAUGCGUGAGAUGAACAUGAACGAGGGAGAGUUUUGUCUGCUGAAAGUGCUGAUUCUGUUUCGUGUCGAUCAUCGCCUGUCAGAAGAAGGCAAACUUCAUGUGAUCAAAGUUCGCAACAAGUACAUAGACGCUCUCUAUCAUCACAUUCAACACGAGUACCCGUCUUAUUCGGCUAUCGAAGUUGCUCAACGAAUCUCAAAAUUGCUACUUUUAUUGCCAAGCAUUGAACAUUUGUCACAACAAGAAGACGACAACGUUCAAUUCCUUGCGCUUUUUAAUUUGGCAAAUCUUAAUGGACUUCCGUACGAGUUGCAUUCGGCAACGAAACAACAGAUCCGUGAUGAAGAUCCCACUCAGGUAAACGAAGUGACGUCAAAUAAUGUCGACAUGAAGAGUUACGGCGAUUAUGAUUCUGGCCAAUGUGGCAGUGCCUACGGUGGCGUUCCCUCGUUCUCGAGUGGUAUUUUAUAA